GCUCUGUGAGGGCACGCGUAGUGGUUGAGAAAGGUGAACACAUAGGAUUCUGCUGCGCCUAGGACAACUAAAAACAAUCAAAUGAGACUGCAAACAAGGGGAUAAACACCGCGCUAUCAACAAAGCGGUUACCGAACAUUAAACGGACAGCUAUUUAGCUUUCGUUGCAGAUGGAAGCUCGCCUGACGGGCAUGUUUCAGCAGGACAAGCGGCGGACAGACAUCUCUGGUGCUUCAACAGUUUAGUGUUAUUGAAGACUAUAUCUAAAGAAAAUUGUUCAUCUUAUGGUCAUCUAUACCUGUCACCACUUCUAAACUGCUGAGAAAGGCAUUUCGACGUGUAAAAUGUUGACAUCCUCUUCGUGUAUCGCCGAGGUUGCCGGAGCAAGGAUUUACAACUCUGUUCCCUUUUAAAUAAUCUGACGUGGAAACAUUGCAUAUAACUGUUCUUUCCUUAAACUUGGUUCUUCUCACCAUUGCGCACGAAAAGAACAGGACCUUGCUGGAACUGACAACUCCUGGUGCGCAAUUUACGCACUUUUGCUGAGAAUAUCUGGCGAACGUUGCAACAUUUCAGGAAAAUGAUGAAAAAAAGGAAACACAGCCUGGCUCUUGGGAAUUUAAAUUGAAAAAAUAGCUUCAAUCGUGUAUUGUGUGGUGUGAUAAAGUCGCCUACAAUCGUCACCUUUGUGGCCGACAUUGUCUCUUACUGACACGAAACUUUGAAAUCGGUGAUGAAGUAACAUUGCCGUUUUAACUGUUCAUAGGAGGCCACCGAAUGCCGAAGAACACAGGGGAAAACAACGACUUGGGAAAGGAGACGGAAGGGAUGUAUUGCUAGCCCGUCGAACUAGGACAAAUUACUAGUAGUGUCUUUUCGUUGAAUUAUUGUUAUCGGUUCAGCCUGAAUAUUUAUUUGGUGCACAUCGUUCAAUUAACCGGUGGUGUACAGGUUGGUAUUCGGGACUGCUCUUUUCUAAGUGAGGCAAGUCAAGGAGGAGGCAGCUGUGCCAGCGCCACACUGUUGGCCAAAUCCGGUGUGGGUGCGACGCUUGCCGACCCUGAAGACGACAUGGAGGAAUGGAGACAGUGCGGUCGGUGGUUGAUAGAUUGCAAGGUUUUGCCCCCGAACCACCGGGUUGUCUGGCCCUCUGCAGUUGUAUUCGAUUUGGCUCAGGCACUCCGGGAUGGCGUGCUCUUGUGUCAAAUGUUGCACAAUCUGUCACCUGGAUCGGUGGACCUAAAGCAGAUAAACUUCAGACCACAGAUGUCUCAGUUCCUGUGUCUGAAGAACAUCAGGACGUUCCUGAAGGUGUGCCACGACAAGUUUGGUCUGCGGAACAGUGAACUCUUUGAUCCUUUUGACCUGUUUGAUGUCCGGGACUUCGGCAAAGUGAUCUCAGCGCUCUCCAGAAUCUCCCAUCACAGCAUUGCGCAGAUCAAAGGCAUCCGGCCCUUUCCAUCUGAAGACACUACUGCACUCAAUGAAGAUGAUAUCUACAGAAGCCUUGAGGAGUUGGCCGAUGAGCAUGACGUGGGCGAGGAUGACAUCUACGACUGUGUCCCCUGUGAGGAUGACGGCGAUGACAUAUACGAGGACAUCAUCAAGGUGGAAGUCAGACAACCCAUGAAAAUGGGCAUGUCGGAGGAUGACAAGCGCAACUGCUGCCUGGUGGAGAUCCAGGAGACGGAGGCCAAGUACUACAAGACACUGGAGGACAUCGAGAAGAACUACAUGAUCCCACUGAAGCAGGUGCUCACCCCUCAGGACAUGGACGCCAUCUUCGUCAACCUAGAGGAUGUAAUCAAGGUCCAUGCUGCUUUGCUCAGAGCCGUCGACCUCAACGUGGCGAGUGGGGGCAGCGGUCUUGGCAAGGUCUUCCUGGACUUCAAGGAGAAGCUACUGAUCUACGGCCAGUACUGCAGUCACAUGGAGCAUGCCCAGAAGACCCUUGAUGAGCUGAUAGUUACGCGAGAGGAUGUCAAGAUGAAGGUGGAGGAGUGUACAAUGAAGGUUCAGGAGGGCAAGUUCAAGCUGCAAGACCUGCUGGUGGUGCCCAUGCAGAGAGUCCUCAAAUACCACCUACUGCUGAAGGAGUUGCUUAGUCACUCAACAGACCGACCAGAGAGGCAACAGCUUAAAGAGGCUCUUGAGGCCAUGCAGGACCUCGCCAUGUACAUCAACGAGGUGAAGAGGGACAAUGAGACGCUAAAGAAGAUCAGCGAAUUCCAGAGCUCCAUCGAGAACCUGCACGUCAAGCUGGAGGAAUACGGCCGGCCGAAGAUUGACGGGGAGCUGAAGGUGUCGACAGCCGUCAACCGCACCAAGCAGGACAGAUACAUCUUUCUGUUCGAUAAAGUGGUGAUUGUGUGCAAGCGCAAAGGCUACAACUACGAGCUGAAGGAGAUCAUUGAACUGCAACUCUACAAGAUGUCUGACGACCCCAUGAACAAUAGGGACAUGAAAAAGUCAAGUGGGAAAAUGUGGUCGUAUGGCUUCUACCUGAUCCAUCUGCAAGGGAAGCAGGGCUUCCAGUUCUUCUGCAAGACGGAGGACACCAAGAGGAAGUGGAUGGAGCAGUUUGAGAUGGCCAUAUCUAACAUCAAACCAGAGCGAGCCAACGCCAACCAGCACAACUUUGAAAUGCACACGUUUGAGAAGAACACAAACUGCCGAGCUUGCAAGAUGCUGCUGAGAGGCAUCUUCUACCAAGGCUACUUCUGCUCGCGCUGUGGGACCGGAGCCCACAAAGAGUGCUUGGAGAUCAUCACCAUCUGUAAAAUCAAUCCACAUGAUUUGGAUCCUGGACUACAAUCUACAGGAGGACCAAAAAUGGUGGCGCUCAGGAAUUAUCACGGCACGCCCGCCCCUCCUGGGAAAACCCCUCUCACCUUCCAGACGGGUGAUGUCAUCGAGCUGCUGAAGGGAGACCCGGACACCGCCUGGUGGGAGGGACGGCUCAUCCAAGGUCAGAAGACUGGCUACUUCCCCAGCUCGAGCGUGAAGCCUUGCUUAGAUCCCAAGCCAUCUUUUCAGGGAUUCCCCAGUCGGCAGUCUUCAAGAGAUGUUGAUUACUCCGUCUACCCUUGGUUUGCUGGGAACAUGGAGCGGCAGCAGGCUGACAACCUGCUGAAGUCUCACAGCAGUGGCACCUACCUGAUCCGGGAGAGGACGGCCGAGGCGGAAAGAUUCGCCAUAAGCAUCAAGUUCAACGAGGAAGUGAAGCACAUUAAAGUCAUCGAGAAAGACAACUGGAUCCACAUCACUGAAGCAAAGAAGUUUGAGAACCUCUUGGAGUUGGUGGAGUAUUACCAGGCUCACUCGCUGAAGGAGAGCUUCAAGCUGCUGGACACUACACUGCGCUACCCUUACAAGUCACGAGAGCGAUCACUAACCCGCUCCUGCACACGUUCUCCAGUGUUUACGCCGCGUGUUGUGAGUACGGCAGUGGCCCGGUACAACUUUGCUGCACGAGACAUGAGGGAGCUGUCCUUGCGGGAGGGAGACGUGGUGAAGAUCUACAGCAAGAUCGGAGGAGACCAGGGCUGGUGGAAGGGAGAGGCCAAUGGCAGGAUCGGCUGGUUCCCCUCCACGUACGUCGAUGAAGAAAGUGUCCAGUGAGACUGAGAGGCCUUGGUCUGCCACCGCGUCACCUCCAGCGAGACUGUGGAGUGCUCAACCCCAACCGCCCUCUGAGAGGAGUCUUGGGAAAUAUUGUGUGGAAUAUUUUUUUCCCCUUUUUAUUGUGCUGGAAACAUUUUUUUCAAAGAAAAAAAAAGUAAUGAUACAGUGGAUGUUUAUGCACGUUCUUCAACCUGUGCAGAACAAGUCAUUUUAGAUUUUUUUCCCUCUUCAUCUCUUUCUGCUGAUUGUUUUGUUGAUUUGUUAAGUCAUCUGUGUCGUCCUCUGAAGAAGUUUUCACCUACGUCGUAUCUCUGUGAUGAACAUGAAAGGUGGAGGCGGCACAAGUCCCAAAUGUGAGCUUGUUGCGCUCAGACCACCUUUUUCUCAGGCCCUCUGCUGAAAACACACAAACACACUCAGUCACAC